GCGGGAGCGGGAGCGGGUCCGGGGACGUUCGUGUCUCCCGCCGGCCGGAGGCGGCCGGGGCCGGGGCCGCCAUGAAGCGGGUCCCGGCGUCCCGCUGAAGGGGAAGAUGGCAGCGGAGCUCUACCCGGCCAGCGCGCACACCGACCUCGCCGCCGCCGCCGCCGCCUCGUCGUCGUCGUCCUCCUCCUCCCCCGCGCCCGCCGCCGCCUCCCCGCCCCCCGCCAAGAGGCCGGGCGUCCCGCCGCCGCCGCACAACCUCAACAACAACCACCACGUGGAGCCCGCCCACUGGCAGGCCUUCCACCCCACCCUGCGCGAGAGGAACGCGCUCAUGUUCAACAACGAACUCAUGGCCGACGUCCGCUUCGUCGUCGGCCCCGUCGGGGCGUCCAGGACGGUCCCCGCUCACAAGUACGUCCUGGCGGUGGGGAGCUCCGUCUUCUACGCCAUGUUCUACGGGGACCUGGCCGAGGUCGGGUCGGAGAUCCACAUCCCCGACGUGGAACCCGCCGCCUUCCUCGUCUUGCUGAAGUACCUGUACAGCGACGAGAUCGAGCUGGAGGCCGACACGGUGCUGGCCACGCUGUACGCGGCCAAGAAGUACAUCGUCCCCGCGCUGGCCAAGGCCUGCGUCGACUUCCUGGAGACGAGCCUGGAGGCCAAGAACGCCUGCGUCCUCCUCUCCCAGAGCCGCCUCUUCGAGGAGCCGGAGCUGACGCGGCGGUGCUGGGAGGUCAUCGACGCCCAGGCCGAGAUGGCCCUCGCCUCCGAGGGCUUCCGCGAGAUCGACCGGCAGACGCUGGAGAUCAUCCUGGCGCGGGAGGCGCUCAACGCCAAGGAGGCGGUGGUGUUCGAGGCCGUCCUCGGCUGGGCGGAGGCCGAGUGCGGGCGGCGGGGCCUGGCCGCCAGCCCCGCCAACAAGAGGAAGGUGCUGGGCGGGGCCCUCUACCUGGUCCGCAUCCCCACCAUGACCCUGGAGGAGUUCGCCAACGGGGCGGCCCAGUCGGACGUCCUCACCCUGGAGGAGACCCGCGGCGUCUUCCUCUGGUACACGGCCGCCAACAAGCCCGAGCUGGACUUCCCGCUGGCCAAGCGCAAGGGGCCGGCCCCGCAGAGGUGUCACCGCUUCCAGUCGUCCGCCUACCGCGGCAACCAGUGGAGGUACCGCGGCCGCUGCGACAGCAUCCAGUUCGCGGUCGACCGGAGGAUAUUCGUCGCCGGGCUGGGCCUGUACGGGUCGAGCUCCGGCAGGGCCCGGUACGGCGUCCGGAUCGAACUCAAGCGCCUCGGCGUCCCGCUGGCCCAGAACCUCACCGAGUUCGUCUCCGACGGCUCGAGCAACACCUUCGCCGUCUGGUUCGAGCACCCGGUCCAGGUGGAGCAGGACACCUUCUACAACGUCAGCGCCAUCCUGGACGGCAACGAGCUCAGCUACUUCGGCCAGGAGGGCAUGACGGAGGUGCAGUGCGGGAAAGUGACGUUCCAGUUCCAGUGCUCCUCGGACAGCACCAACGGCACGGGAGUCCAGGGGGGACAGAUUCCGGAACUCAUUUUCUAUGCGUGAG